AUGGUCUCAUUUAUUGUGAUGAUUGUAGAAUAUGUGCAAAAUAGUGUUCUUGAUGAGGCUUCAAGGGUUUUUGAUGGAAUUCCUCACAUAAAUGUGGUCUCAUGGAAUGCAAUGAUCUCAAGAUAUGCACAGAAUGGGUUUGUUGAAAAGGCCUCAGAGACAUUCAAGAAAAUGCAAUGUGCAGGAUUAAAUCCAAACUCCACAACCUUCAUUAGCAUUAUGCCAGCUUGUGCUAAAAUGGGAGCUAUAGAACAGGGAAUGCACAUUCAUCAAAGCAUAAUUGAAAGUGGACUUGUAUCGAAUAUUGAAGUUGCAAAUGCACUGAUAGACAUGUAUGCAAAAUGUGGAAACAUUCAUAGUGCACACAAUGUGUUUGACAUAAUGCUUUAA